GCCAGGCCGCCCCCGCCAGCCACCUCAUCCGGGUGGAGGGCAACAACCUCUCGCAGUACGUGGACGACCCGGUGACGGGGCGGCAGAGCGUGAUGGUGCCCUAUGAGCCCCCGCAGGUGGGGACCGAGUUCACCACCAUCCUCUACAACUUCAUGUGCAACAGCAGCUGCGUGGGAGGGAUGAACAGGAGGCCCAUCCUCAUCAUCAUCACCCUGGAGACCAGAGACGGGCAGGUCCUGGGCAGGAGAUCCUUCGAGGGACGCAUCUGCGCCUGCCCCGGCAGAGACCGCAAGGCCGACGAGGACCAUUACCGGGAGCAGCAGGCGCUGAACGAGAGCGCAGCCAAAAACGGCAACGGCAACAAGCGCGCCUUCAAGCAGAGCCCCCAGGGCAUCCCCGCGCUGGGGACCGGCGUGAAGAAGCGGAGGCACGGGGAGGAGGAGAUGUAUUACGUGCCUGUGCGGGGCCGGGAGAACUUUGAGAUCCUGAUGAAGAUCAAGGAGAGCCUGGAGCUGGUGGAGCUGGUCCC